AUGAAAAAUGAAAAAUUUAACGACAUUGUGGACAAUGACAGUUUCCGUAGCGACUUUAGUGGCGAUCAUAUUCAGGGUGGUAGCAUGCAAACGCGCAAACCGCGCCGUAAUCGCACCACAUUCACCUCAGGACAGUUGACAGCACUGGAGAAAGUAUUCGAACGUACGCAUUAUCCAGAUGCAUUUGUACGCGAGGAGUUAGCAACGAAAGUGGGUCUAAGCGAAGCGCGCGUACAAGUCUGGUUUCAAAAUAGACGCGCAAAAUUUCGACGAAAUGAACGCAGUACGAACAAUGGACGCAGUUUAUUAGCAACAGCAUCACAGCCUGUGCCACCUAUAACGAGUGUUCAUAAAUUCGCUACCGAUAAGAGUGCGGCAGCACUGUUUCACCAACAAAUGGAUUUACCCCAUCAUGCAGCGGCCGCAGCCUAUUCAUUGAGUUUUCCAACACUUAGCAUGUAUUCAUCCAAAGGCUAUACGAACUCAUACGGUGCAUUUGGUGCGACGGCCGCUACAAAUGCGGCCGCCGCUGCUGUUGCCAAUGAUGCUAUUGGUGGUGCAUUCUUCACACCCACCAAUUAUUGCACACCGAACUACCAGCACAGUUAUGCUUCUUUGCGAUAUAAGAGUGCGCAAGGAUUUUCCGCGUUAUGA